CUGUUAUAGAAUUCUCGAAUAAUUCCGAAGUGACAGAGUCUCAGAAUUCUCUAGUUGCUUCCGAAAUUAGUUUAAUAGAUAAUGAAAUAAAAAUUGAAUCAAUUUCCAGAGAGGGGACUGAUAGUGUAUUUCCAGAAAGUGAAAUAGAAACUUCCCCUACUCCAUUGGAAAACAGCCAUCUAGACUCUGGUGAAACUUCAGAAAUAAACUGCGUUCAACUGCCUACAAACACUUUUUUCAAUAAAACAGAACCACUGGUAGAUCCUGACUCAAAACUCACUAUUUUUGAGUCAAAAAUCAGUACUGAAAACUCUGACGCUCUAAAAACAUUAACCGGGGCUACUUCUGAAACACCCUCUCUGUCAGAGACUACCCUAAAGGGAGCAAGCAUUGAUACUGAGGAACAAUCUCUGCAAACUUCUAUUCCUGUCAAUAAGCAAAAGGAAACGAACUCAGAGGUUAUACCAGAAACUUCAACUGUAGAAAUUCCUGUUAAGUUGGAUGAAGCAGAAGGUAUUGAAGAAAAUAGUGCAAAAGCAAUGCAAAGUACAAUGCCUACGAACUUAGAAACCACAGCUUCAACUUCGCAGCCAAGCUCCUCCAACAAUCCAAAAUCGAACAUUGACGAGACUGCUGACGCUAAUGAAGAAGAUGUGGAUCUAAGUGAUGAGUCAGAGACGGCUAUUGAGAAUUUAAAAAGCGAAAUUUCUAAAAAUUCCAGUUCCUUUGGAUCGCAAGGAAAUUCGAGGUCUGCUAGCAGAUCGAACAGUAUCACUUCUCCAAGUCCGAUAGAUGCCUUGAGAAGUAAAUUUGAAGGCCUCAGAGAUAGUAACUCUAGAACUACUAUAGGACCAAUCAGACCACAAAGCCCAUUCAGGAGGAUGUCUUUCAAUUCCCGCAAGGAGGCAAUAAUUCUGGAAAAAAAACGAGAAAAUAAUUCCGAAAAGCCUUGGCUUCAAAACAAAACUACGAUUGAAACGGGGAAGUUAACUCUUCAAAGAAGAAACAUCAAACAGCAACUCGAAAUGGAGAGGCGAGUCCGGCAGAUGGUUUCGGAUCGCAAAUGCAGGACGUACAGGAAAGCAGAAAUUGCGAUUCAGCUGAUGGAUCUCAACUUCGAAGAAGACGAAUCCUUGCAGGCAGCUCGAGAAUGUUCGACGCUGGAGCAAGCCAUCAGUUACCUGCAACAGGAGUGCCAGCUUUGUACCGGACACUUCCCCGUGCAACAAAUAAUUUCUAUGACUCACUGUCCUCACAAGGCUUGCCGAGAAUGUGUACGUGCAUAUUUCACUGUCCAGAUCCGAGAUCGGACAAUAAUGGAGCUGCUCUGUCCGUUCUGCAAUGAACCUGACAUUGGCAAUGAGGACAUAGCCAUGGAAUACUUCAACCAUCUCGAUAUAAUGUUGAAGAAGUUAGUAGAACCUCAGAUCCAUGAACUCUUCCAAAGGAAACUUCGAGACCGAGUGCUCAUGCGAGAUCCAAAUUUUCGAUGGUGCUCUCAGUGUUCUUCAGGUUUCAUAACUGAACCAAAUUUGAAGCGUCUAGUCUGCCCUGAUUGCAACGCCGUCACGUGUGCUUCUUGCAGAAGACCGUGGGAGCGGGAACACCAGGGUAUCAGCUGCGAGGCUUUUGCAGCGUGGAAGGAGGCCACAGAUCCUGAAGCUCACGCUGCUGGUUUAGCAAGACUUCUCACAGAGGAUGGAAUAGACUGUCCAAACUGCCACUUCCGAUAUGCUCUAGCAAAAGGGGGUUGCAUGCACUUCAGGUGCAUACAGUGUCAACAUGAUUUUUGCAGUGGGUGCUCCAGACCAUUUAAAAUGGGGCAGAAGUGUGGUGUGUCAGAGUUUUGUGGAAAGCUGGGUCUUCAUGCACAUCACCCUCGAAACUGCCUAUUUUACCUCAGAGACAAAGAACCAAACGAUUUGCAAAGGUUACUAGAGAUGAACGAUGUGGAGUAUGAUCAGGACCCCCCAGAAGGGGUUGUGAAGAGUGGCGUCUGUCCGGUGAUGGAACAAAAAGAAACUGCGGAUGGAAUGAUUGAUGAUCAAUGUGGGAAAGAAGUAGAAGACGGAUUUGCUGGACUUUGCAGGAUACAUUAUGUAGAAUACUUGGGUCAACUAGUCAAUAAACAUCAUGUAGAUCCUAUCCAAAUUUUUGGUAACGAUGACUUGGAGUUGGUGCUAAGGAGAGCAAACGUGCGAUUACCUCCAAAAAGGUAUAGAGAAUCGGAAGAGGAAUAUAGAGAUAAACUCAUCAAAGUCAUACAAGAAGAGCUACCCUUGAACAGGAUGGAUGGCAGCUGAUCAGGAACAUGUCCAAAUUCAUCUAAAGCCAUCGUCUCCAGGUAGAAGAAGCGGACCUUCUUCAAUCCACCUUCACACAAGCAGCUGGUCUGUUGAUGUAUGAUCGUGCAAACCAGGACCGUCCAAUCACAUUUUAUUUACUUCAGUCUUCCAAACUCUUCCAAAUGAAACUUUGCAACCAUCGGAAAUGAGCUUUGAUUUGUUUUCUUAAGUCAUGCCUGAAGUUGGAAGAAAUCUUCAGAACUGAUCACACUCGAAGCAAGUUUGGUAACAGUUGAAAAGUGAAAACUGGAACGAAAAGUGAAUCGAAGAAAAACAGCGAAUUACAGUGUAGAUUGUUUUUACGAAAUACUUUUAGAUAAAGCACUUCAGCCUC